AAUUUGAAGUCUUUUGAUGCAGUAAGUCUUCUACAAAUUUGAAUUGUCGGAAAUUAAAUGAACAAAAUCUCUGAGAAACAUUUUGAUGAAAUUGACAAUAUAUAUUGUAUUAUUUCAAUUAACGAUUUUAGAUUAUAAAGACACUUUUAAAAGAUGUGCCCAACUUCAUGGCAACUUGGUCUCUGUUUCAUCAAGGAACUAGAUGGAGUAGUUUAUAGUUAUAUGUGUUAUUUAAUUUUGUGUGUAGUAUAUUCAAUUCAUGUCACGCUUAAUUUUCUCAAGUUUAUGGGGUAGAAUGUGUCAUAAAUUUGUGUAUUAGUAAGAUUUUCAUGCGAAUAUAAUUUGUGGUUAAAAUUUGCUACUGUUACGGGUUGAUGCAAGAAUCAUGAAAUUAAUAGUUGACAUCAUAGUUUUUUUUAAAUAUUUGAAUAAGAUUUAAUAUAAAUGACUUUCUUUGAAAUAUUUUUAAUAUUUUUAAAAACUGAGUUUUAGUUUGAAGGUUUUUAAUAAUACUCAUGAAAAAAGACAAACAAAUGAGAAUCGGGUAAAAAAAAAGUUUGAAAAAUGGCAGGGAGUAUGGCGAGAAAGCUGUUUUCGUUAAUUUUACUAAUUGUUGUAAUAGCUGGUGGCUGGUGUAAGCAAAACGUAAUACAGUUGGAUGAGGAUAACUGGGAAGAAAUGCUGAAUAAUGAAUGGAUGGUAGAAUUCUAUGCCCCGUGGUGCCCCGCCUGCAAGGCGCUGCAGCCCGUGUGGGAGGACUUCGCCUCGUGGAGCGAGGACCUGGACAUCAGGAUAGGCCAGGUGGACGUGACCACCUCCCCGGGCCUGAGUGGUCGCUUCGUGGUCACCGCACUGCCCACCAUAUUCCACGUGCUGAAUGGAGAGUUUCGUCAGUACCGUGGGGCCAGGGACAAGGAUGCCUUCAUCUCCUUCAUAGAAGAGGACAAGUGGAAGAAUGUGGAUCCUGUGCCAUCCUGGCAGUCACCGGCAUCCAUCCAGAUGUCCAUCGUCUCCUACUUCUUCAAGUUGUCGCAAGUACUGCGGAUGGUGCACAAUAAGCUGAUGGAGGAGUAUGGCUUGCCGACUUGGGGCUCGUAUCUUAUCUUUGCCAUUGCUACCAUCUUCAUUGGAGCCCUGUUUGGUCUGAUGUUGGUGUGCAUCAUAGACUUGAUAUAUCCUCCCAAACCGAUGGAACCACGGAUUGCUGGCAAGGGUGGUGUGAUGAAGCGAGACCUGCUGGACAGCAAGCAGAGGGCGGGGGCGGGAGACGAGGCGGAGGAAGAGGAGGAGGUGAGUCAAGAGGACUUGGUGGACGAGGGGGAGCCGGCGUCCCGCAGUGGCUCGGACGCGGAGCCGGAGCCCGAGGGAGAGGGCAGCCCCAGCGUGAGGAAGAGGCGUGCCAGGAAGGCAGACUAGGGCGCCCUGCUGUGCUUCUCCAGGUUUGAGCAAGAAAGAGUUUCAGCAUGGCAGUUUUGUUACCACAUGAAUUGUACAGACAAUAAAUGCUGUCAUGCAUUGUAGAUAACCAGCGGAGAUGACUAAUUCUGAUACACUAUGCUUCUUAACACUCUGGCGCUCACUGCUGUCACGACAGUUUCACUUGCAUUGUAAAUCACGUUAAUUUUAUUUGAAUGACUGAAGAUUACUUAUUGUUAUAACUUAUAAUGUAGCAUGGAUAUUUAUACACUGAAUUGCAACUUAACUGUGAAUCACUGCUGUCGUGUAUAGUGUUAAGGAUAUAUAUAUAUUCUACAAAAAUAAUGUUACUAUUGAUGUAAAGGGAAAUGAAUUUUUUUAUUGCAGCUUUUGCAUUUGUAAAGUGUGUGUGUGUGUUGUUUUUUGUAUGACACGUGAUAUUGUGGACGUAAUGUUCGACUUAAAUAAAACCAUAAGUAUU